CCUGUAAGGCUGGCGAGUUCCUGGACAUGAAGGCCCAGGCGUGUCGGCCCUGCGCCGAGGGCACCUACUCGCUGGGCACCGGCGUCCGCUUCGACGAGUGGGACGAGGUGCCCCACGGCUUCGCCAACGUGGCCACCAACCUGGAGGUGGCCGAGGGCUUCGGGGGGGAGGCGGCCGAGAACUGCACGGGGUGCUGGCCAAUGAGUCCUCCUGCCAGCCGGACCACCGAGCCCUCCAGCCAGCUGAUUGUCCUGGUGGCCACUGAGCCCUCCCAUCAGCCAGUUGCCCCUCUGGCCACCAAGCCCUCCUGCCGGCCGUUUGCCCUGGUGGCCACUGAGCCCUCCUGCUGGCCAGUUGUCCCAGUGGCCACCAAGCCAUCCAUCUGGCUGAUUGUCCCAGGGACCACCGAGCCCUCCCACUGGCCAGUUGUCCUGGUAGCCACCAAGCCAUCCAUCUCGCCCGUUGUCCCAGGGACCACUGAGCCCUCCCGCUGGCCGGUUGCCCUGAUGGCCACUGAGCCCUCCCCUCCUGCUGACUGGUUGCCCCGCUGGCCAACGAGCCCUCCCGCCAGCCUGGUGUUCUGGUGGCCACCAAGCCCUCCUGCUGGCCAGUUGUCAUGGUGGCCACUAGGCCCUCCUGCCGGCCGGUUGCCCCACUGGCCACCAAUCCCCCCUGCCAGGGUGGCCUAUACCUCCGAGUGCUUCCCCUGCAAACCCGGCACCUUCGCCCCGGCCGCCGGCUCCAGCUCCUGCCAGCUCUGUCCCCCCGACACCUUCUCCAGCAAAGGGGCCACCGCCUGCCAGCCCUGCGAGCCCUCCCACUACGCCGAGCCCGGCUCGGCGUCCUGCAAACCACGGCCACCCUGCACCGACAAGGAUUACUUCUACACACACACCGCCUGCGACACCCGCGGGGAGACCCAGCUGAUGUUCAAAUGGGCAGAGCCCAAGAUCUGCAGCGAGGAACUGCCCCAGGCGGCACAACUGCCCCCCUCGGGGGUAAAAACCCAGUGCCCCCCCUGCAACCCCGGCUUCGCCAAGGGCAACGGCAGCGUCUGCCAGCCCUGCCCCUACGGCUCCUACUCCAACGGCUCCGGUAAGCGCGGCCCCGGCACCGGCACCGAGGGCACCCUCCUGCUCCCAGGGGUGGCCUAUACCUCCGAGUGCUUCCCCUGCAAACCCGGCACCUUCGCCCCGGCCGCCGGCUCCAGCUCCUGCCAGCUCUGUCCCCCCGACACCUUCUCCAGCAAAGGGGCCACCGCCUGCCAGCCCUGCGAGCCCUCCCACUACGCCGAGCCCGGCUCGGCGUCCUGCAAACCACGGCCACCCUGCACCGACAAGGAUUACUUCUACACACACACCGCCUGCGACACCCGCGGGGAGACCCAGCUGAUGUUCAAAUGGGCAGAGCCCAAGAUCUGCAGCGAGGAACUGCCCCAGGCGGCACAACUGCCCCCCUCGGGGGUAAAAACCCAGUGCCCCCCCUGCAACCCCGGCUUCGCCAAGGGCAACAGCAGCGUCUGCCAGCCCUGCCCCUACGGCUCCUACUCCAACGGCUCCGGCUGUCUCAGCUGCCCGGCGGGCACCGAGCCGGUGCUGGGGCUGGAGUACAAGUGGUGGAACGUGUUGCCCCCCAACAUGGAGACCACCGUCCUCAGCGGCAUCAACUUCGAGUACAAGGGGAUGGCAGGGUGGGAGGUGGCCGGGGACUACAUCUACACGGCAGCAGGAGCCUCCGAUAACGACUUCAUGAUCCUCACGCUGGUGGUCCCCGGCUUCAGCCCCCCAAACCCGGUGCUGGAGGACGUGGAGAACAAGGAGGUGGCCAGGAUCACCUUCGUCUUCGAGACCAUCUGCAGCGUCAGCUGUGAGCUCUACUUCAUGGUGGGUGUCAACUCCCGCACCAACACGCCGGUGGAGACGUGGACGGGCCCCAAGGGGAAGCAGUCCUACACCUACGUGGUGGAGAAGAACGCCACCAUGAGCUUCACCUGGGCUUUCCAGCGCACCCCCUACCACGAGGCGGGCCGGAGAUACACCAACGACGUGGCCAAGCUCUACUCCAUCAACGUCACCAACGUGCUGGGGGGGGUGGCGUCCUUCUGCCGCCGCUGCGUCCCCGAACCCGCCGGCUCCUGCGCCCCGUGUCCCCCCGGCAACGCCCUGGACCCCACCUCGGGGACCUGCCAACCCUGUCCCCCCGGCACCUACCUGCGGGGUCACCCCUCCGGCGGGACCCCCUCCUGCCACCCCUGCGGCCCCGGCACCCGCAGCAACCAGCUCCGGUCCCUCUGCUACAACAACUGCAGCUUCUCCCUGGCGCUGCGGGGCCGCGUCCUGCGCUACGACCUCUCGGCUCUGGCCCCCGGCGCCGCCUUCGCCAGCGGCCCCAGCUUCACCGCCAAGGGCCUCAAGUACUUCCACCACUUCAACAUCAGCCUCUGCGGCCACCAGGGCAGGAAGCUGGCCUCGUGCAGUGACAACGUGACGGACGCGCGGCUGGCGGGGGGCGAGGGGGACCCGUCCCGCGUGGUGCGGUCCCACGUGUGUCAGUCCAUCCUGGUGCCCCCCGACCUCGUGGGAUACAAGACCCCCGUGUCCUCCCAGCCCGUCAGCCUGGCCGACCGCCUCCUGGGUGUCACCACCGCCUCCACACUGGACGGGGUCACGUCUCCCCCCGAGCACUUCCCCCCCGGCCACCCCGACCUGCCUGACAUCGUCUUCUUCUACAGGUCCAACGACGUUCGGAGAUGCCGGAGUUUGGAUUUUUGGCUAAAAGUGGGAAUUUCGGCCGGAACCUGCACCGCCCUCCUGCUGGCUGCCCUGGCCACCUACUUCUGGAAGAAGAACCAAAAGUUGGAGUAUAAAUAUUCCAAGCUGGUGAUGAACGCGGCGGCCAAGGAGAACGAGCUGCCGGCCCCCGACAGCUGCGCCAUCAUGGAGGGGGAGGACGCCGAGGACGACCUGGUUUUUGCCAGCAAAAACUCCCUUUUUGGCAAAAUUAAAUCCCUGGCCUCCAAGGUAAGGAAGGGCCCGGGUUCCCCCCACCCCCCUGGGGUGAAAUCCUGUUGGUGGCUGGUCACGGAAUCGCAGAAUGACACGGGGUUGGAUGGAUGGGCCAAGGCCAACGAGUUGAGGUUCUACAAGACGUUGGUUGACAUGGGGCUGGGGGCCAUGGUUUAG